CUGCAGGUGUUGUUGAUUGGGCUCCCUAACCAGAAUCUUAGCAGUGAUAAUAUUUCGAAUGAGAGUUUAAGUUUCUAUGCCUAAAAUAAACCCAAAAACCUGUUGAUUUUGACUAAAUUUUCGGGUAUGGUUUACCUUUCUCUAUUUUUCACAUUGCCGCUGUUGUUCUGCACUGAUGGGGGAGCACUACCAACGUUUGGCGCUUCAAAUCAAACAAAGCAGUUGAUGAGAAAAGCCUCCCGCAGAGAAACACCUAUCCUGCCUCCACCAUACCUGCAACUCCCCGUGUUUGUAGACUCCAGGCUGCCACUUGUGGAGAAAGAGCAUUUCUCUCCAUCAAAGGGUACCGGACAGGAACCUCUACCUGAGCCCGUUCGGGAAGUCCUUCUCCCGGUUCGGCCACAGACCAGCCAGCCAAGCGUUUCGGGUGAUUCCGUGAGAACUUCGUGCAAGCGGACAAAGAUGCUCGUGCAGGUGGAUAAGAACGUUUUGGGGACCGUUGAACCACAGUCUCGUGUCAAACUGGGAACCUGUCCGCCCAGUAAAGCAACAAGGGAUUACCUUUACUUUGAGUAUGGCUUUGACAUGUGCGGAACCAAACAAACGAUCUUUAACAACCAGAUGACCUAUUUAAACACGCUACAAUAUGACCCACCAACACUCCAAGGACCAAUCAGGCGAUCUGCACCUUUCAGCCUGCCUGUUUCAUGUAAUUAUAACAGAUACCAAUACUCCUACAAAAUUGCCUACAAACCAAAACUGCGGAUGCGAAAGAUCUUCAAACCAAUGAGGCAACAAAUUGAAUUCGUUCUGACUCCCCGUAACGCUCAGUGGGAGAGGCUUUUCCCGUCAGAUCACUAUGUGCUUGGGAAGCCCAUGUACUUUGAAGCUGAGGGUCCAUCCAUGUCUCAAGAUGAAAGACUGUAUGUCCACCUGUGUUACGCCACUCCUGAGAAGUCUCACACCUCCAUGCCACAAUUUGAAGUGGUGAAAAACUUUGGGUGUAUGUCUGAGAGCAAAGAAGGACGCUCCAGAUUCAUCCCCUACAAAAACAAUGUUGUGAGAUUUUCUGUGGAUGCCUUCUUAUUCAAGGGAAUGAAAGGCCAGCAGCUCUACAUGCACUGCAGCAUGUCAGUAGGCAGCUCCAUCCCCACACCAACUGCCAAAUCUUGCAACUAUGAUACAAAGGCAAAAAGAUGGGUUGAGUUGUAUGGAAAAGACUCAGUAUGUGCCUGCUGUGACUCCAGUUGUAACUCUGCAGCAUCUACAGUGACCAAGAUGGUCAGCAGCAGACCAUGGACAAUUGAAACAAAAGUGAAACCCACCAAAGUCCCAAAGAGGAAGACUGUUUUCACCACCACAUCGACAACAACAGAAGCAGGAGCAACACCACAGCCUUACACGACCGCAGAGGUGACCCACUGGAAGACGACUGAAAUGAUAGAAGACAUCACAAUGGGUAAGGUGGAGAGCGCAGCAGAGGAGCUGGAGUGGCCUUUUGGAGGUGAAGGAGUGAAGUGGGUUGAGUUUGAGGAGGAGGAGCAAGUGAAGGGCUCUGCUGUGGUUGUGGAGGAGGAAGAGGAGGAGGAGGUAGUCACACAACCUCGUUUGAUAUUUGAAGAAAUCUUUGAUUUUGGUGAAUAAAACUGUAAUUUGUACAGAGAA